GAGGAAGCUGCAGACCGUUUGAAAUCCCUUCCCAGUCCUCUCGGCUGUUCGGGCUGCGAAGGCUUCGUGAUGCCUUUGUGGUCCCGACUCGGUUCGCAGAUUGACACUUCAUGCGCGGCGAAUCCCUGUGAUGAAACGCAAAAGCCGGGGAAGAGGAUGGGGACAUUCUGUCUGGACAAAAUGAAGCCCCGCAGGCUUUGCGGGGACCGGACUGAAGCUGCUGUAAACAACAACAUCUCUCCGUUUAUGAUCCGAUGCCAGAUCGGCAAAGAAAUCAAACAUAUCUGCAGCAACUGUAAAGGAGCCGAGCCUGUGGAUGCAGAGGAAGUGGAGCGGCUGGCAUCGAUGCGCUCUGAUUCUCUGGUACCAGGAACCCACACGCCUCCCAUCCGCCGGCGGAGCAAGUUUGCCACUCUGGGACGCCUGUUUAAACCCUGGAAAUGGAGGAAGAAGAAGAGUGAGAAGUUCAAGCAGACCUCUGCAGUGUUGGAGAGGAAAAUGUCUACUCGCCAAAGCAGAGAGGAGCUCAUCAAGAAAGGACUCCUGAAGGAGGUUUAUGAGAAAGAUGGGACAUCCUCUCCAGUUCUCAGGGAGGAGGUGAAGAUGGAGAACGGUCGCUCCCCAGCGCUCAGCUCUAUCCCAUCUGAACCUGAAGGCCCUGAGCUGAUGGAAGGAGCGACAGCCGCUGUAGCCGGAUGUUUGGAGUUUCAAAUGCAAAGCGAGGGUACAUGUCAACCAGACCAGGCCCAGAACUCCAACCCGACUCCACCCGCAAAGGCCUCGGCAGCGUUUCCUGCUGACGGAUCAGAAUCCCCCCGCUCAAGACCUCCUACGUUACACAAACAACCGCCUGCUCUUCCACCCAAACCUUUCAGCAGACUCCCCAAUCACAUCACAGGUGAGCUCUUCUCCGUGCAUGAAUCGGUGUCCAUGUUUCUCUUUCUGCUACUUCCUCCUCCUCUCGCAGACGGCACCCCUGUGAAGUUGCCGUGCAUGUCAGCCAAGCUGUCUCCUCCUCUACCUCCGAAGAAGCUCCUGAUCUCCGUUCCCGCGGGGUGCUUGGAGCCCUCUCCUCUUGCCUUCCAGAAGUGCCCCGGCCCACCCAGCCACACUGGGAUGGGCGGACACUCGCUGCAGUAUGGGGCGCUGCCGGUAUCCCUGCACCCGCCCAGCAGGAUCAUAGAGGAACUCAACAAGACGCUUGCCCUCACCAUGCAGAGGUUUGAGAGUUCCAUGAUGCACACUGUUCCUGCCAUGAUGAUCGAGUGCGACGACGAUAAAGAAAAUCUCCCAAAUGAGGCAGACUACGAAGAGCUGCCUGGCAUGUACAGGGACGAGGAAGAAGAAGAAGAAGAAGAGGAGGAGGAGGAGGACGACGAUGAUGAUGAUGAAGAGGAAGAAGAUGAUGAAGAUGAGGAGGAAGAAGAUGACGAUACACUGCUUACAAGUACGCUGGCCAUGAAGGUUUUACGGAAAGACUCUCUGGCCAUCAAGCUCAGUAACCGUCCAUCAAAGAGAGAGCUGCAAGAGAAGAACAUCCUGCCGAUGCAAUCGGACCAGGAGCGUCUGGAAUACCGGCAACAAACCGCCACCAAACUGACCAGGCGGUUGAGUCAGAGGCCGACAGCAGAGGAGCUGGAACAGAGAAACAUUCUGAAACCUCGAAAUGAUCUGGAGGAGCAGGAAGAGAAAAGAGAGAUCAAGAGACAUUUAUCCAAAAAGCUCAGCAACAGGCCCACAGUGGAGGAGCUGAGGGAGGCAAAGAUCCUCAUUCGAUUCAGCGACUACGUGGAAGUCGCUGAAGCUCAGGACUAUGACAGGAGAGCAGACAAACCAUGGACUCGGUUAACAGCAGCCGAUAAGGCUGCCAUCAGAAAAGAGCUGAAUGAGUUUAAAAGCACAGAGAUGGAGGUGCACGAGUCGAGCCGCCAUCUGACCAGGUUUCAUCGGCCGUAGUCUGCACUUCUGCUGCCACAUUUUUAAGACCUUAAUCUUAAAAAAAAGUAUCCGCUGCCCUCGAACUGCUGAUCGGCAUCAACCUGUUUGAGUCAGGAAGUAGGAGCAAAAACUUUCAGAUGUUGGAGGUUUGUUGGGCUGAAAAAGAAACAAAUUCAGAACUGUUGUUUUCCCUCAAUGGGAAUUUUGAUGACUUCUUGAUAUUCAAAAGCUUUUAACUGUCAUUUUUAUGAUGAAGAGGAGGGAAUAUUUAAUUUUGCCACACUUCUGAUGUUGGGGAAUCUGUGCCAAGUUUGUGGAAGGGAACAGUGUUUCUUUUUUUAUUAUUAUUUUAUAAUCCUCUUCGUUGGCAUUUGGAGGGAACACAUUAGUCUAAAAAUUGAGCCAACUUGUCCUGAAAUCAGAAUCAAAAACCAAAUCGACUCCCAGAAAUUUUACAUUUUAACUCGCCAGAGUUCGGUAAUCUGCUGCGUCACUGUGCCUACAGUAGUGUUUACAAUAAUUUUUGAAUUGCCAAAUGACUAUUUAAAAUUGAAUACUAGUUAUUGACGCAGCUAAGUGACUGAACUGUCUGGGAUCCGCCUUUUUAAAAUCAAACAUGAGAAACCUGCCACCUUACAGCUCAAACUGCAUCCACAAAUUUGUACUUCUGGCUGUGUUACUGAGGAUUUAUUUAACUCUGCGUGUGUGUGUGUGUUUUUGUGUGUGAAUAAGAGUCAGUGUUCCUGCUGCCUCUUGUAUGUUUGAAACUGUUUUGGGAG